AUGGCAGCAGCAGCAGCAGCAGGCCGCUCUCUCUUCUUUCCUGGAAUAGCCCCGGCGCUGCAGCGCCGCGCCCUGCAGCUGCCGCUGCCGCAGAAGGCGAAGGACUUCAUCAGCCACCCCGCGGGGCCCUUCACCAUUCACUUUUGGGCCCCAACUUUCAAGUGGGGAAUUUCCAUCGCCAAUUUAAUCGACAUGCUCGACAAAGACGUCGCCGGAGUCUCGCCUGCGCAGCAAAUCGUUAACGUCGCAAUGGCACUAACCGGCUGCAUGCAGUUGGCCCGCGUUGCCUACCGAGAGUUUCAGGGCAGCAGCAGCAGCAGCAGCAGCAGCAGCAACAGCAGCACUGGGAGCAACAGCAUUGGCAGCAGUCCCAAAGACAGCAGCAGCAGCGACAAAGCUGCAUAA